AUGUCUUCCUCUGCCGUCUCCAAUGGUUCCGCCACCUCCGGGAAAUCAUCUUCUGGUGCAACACCAGGCCGGCUAGCCUCUGUGUACAGUGAAGUCCAAACAAACCGUAUCAAAGUCGCCCUUCCUCUCCCUUCCGUUCUCAAGAACUCCUUCAACGUUGUGGAUGGACCUCCGAGUUCUGCCGCUGGAAAUCCAGACGAGAUUGCAAAGCUUUUUCCGAAUGUGUUCGGACAGCCCUCGGCAAUGCUGGUUCCCGGAGACUCAGCCAAUUUGGCGUCGGAUCGAAGUUUGAAGAUCGGAGUUGUGCUUUCGGGAGGCCAGGCUCCUGGUGGUCACAAUGUCAUUUCUGGAAUUUUCGAUUAUUUGCAGGAUCGAACAAAGGGAAGCACGUUGUAUGGGUUCAGGGGAGGUCCGGCGGGGAUCAUGAACUGUAAAUAUGUGGAGUUAACAACGGAAUUUAUCUAUCCUUAUAGAAAUCAGGGUGGCUUUGAUAUGAUCUGUAGUGGCAGGGAUAAGAUUGAAACCCCAGAACAGUUUAAGCAAGCUGAAGAAACAGCACUGAAGCUUGAUUUGGAUGGGAUUGUUGUCAUCGGUGGUGAUGACUCAAACACUAAUGCUUGCCUUCUUGCAGAAAAUUUCAGGGGUAAAAAUGUGAAAGCGCGGGUUGUCGGAUGUCCAAAGACCAUUGAUGGUGAUUUGAAAUGCAAAGAAGUUCCUACAAGCUUCGGAUUUGAUACUGCAUGCAAGAUAUAUGCAGAGAUGAUCGGAAAUGUUAUGACAGAUGCUCGAUCGACUGGAAAAUACUAUCACUUUGUAAGGCUUAUGGGUCGUGCAGCUUCUCAUAUAACAUUGGAAUGCGCUUUGCAGACACAUCCUAAUAUCACAAUUAUUGGAGAAGAGGUUGCAGCACAGAAGCAGACAUUGAAGAACGUUACAGAUUACAUUACAGACAUAAUCUGCAAACGUGCAGAACUUGGUUAUAAUUAUGGGGUCAUACUUAUACCAGAAGGCCUGAUUGAUUUCAUUCCAGAGGUGCAACAGCUUAUUGCUGAGCUUAAUGAAAUCUUAGCCCAUGAUGUUGUAGAUGAAGAUGGGCACUGGAAAAAAAAACUUAGAAGCCAAUCUCAUCAGCUUUUUGAACUUCUACCGCGAGCGAUUCAGGAACAACUGCUGCUUGAAAGAGAUCCACAUGGUAAUGUGCAGGUUGCUAAGAUAGAAACUGAAAAAAUGCUCAUUCAAAUGGUGGAAACCGAAUUGAGAAAGAGGAGGGAGGAAGGCACAUAUAAUAAAGAAUUCAGUGGCCAGUCCCACUUUUUCGGUUAUGAGGGUAGAUGUGGUUUGCCUUCGAACUUUGACUCAAACUACUGCUAUGCAUUGGGUUAUGCUGCUGGGGCACUGCUCCAUUCCGGGAAGACUGGAUUGAUUUCCUCAGUGGGAAAUUUGGGUGCUCCUGUUGAAGAAUGGACAGUAGGUGGAACAGCAUUAACAUCUUUAAUGGAUGUUGAGAGGAGACACGGAAAGUUCAAGCCUGUGAUUAAGAAGGCUAUAGUGGAACUUGAGGGUGCUCCUUUCAAAAAGUUUGCAUCUGUGCGGAAUGACUGGGCUCUCCACAAUCGAUAUAUAAGCCCAGGUCCUGUGCAGUUUGUUGGUCCAACGGCAAACGAUAUCAAUCACACUCUACUACUGGAGCUUGGCGCCCAAGCUUAA